AUGCCCUCCCUCCUCCACCUCCCCCCCGACCUCCACCUGCACAUCCUCGCCUACCUGCACCACGACUGCCUCGCCCUUGCCCUGACCUGCCGCACCCUCUACCGCCUCUGCGACCUCCCCACCCGCAAGCGCUUCCGGCGCGUCCGCGUCCAGCCGGGCAAGAACCUCGACCGCGCGUUUGAUCUCUUGCUGGCGAUCAUCCGCCGGCCGAGUCUGGGCCGGUACGUGCGCCACCUCGAGUACCAGGGGGUGGUGGAGGCGCACGUGCCGUACGAGGAGAAUCCCGGGGACCGGGAGGCGGAGCUCCGCGACGAGGCCGGGAUGAUGGGGCUGUUGCAGGCGGCGGUGCGGCGGGCGAUCGGGGUGGAUGAGAACAGUGCAGACGCAGAUGCAGACGACGAGAAAACGAAACUGGCGGCGCAGGUCUUGAACAUGCUGAUGCAGUCGUCCGAGCAGCGGAAUAAGGGGGACUGGAAUUAUACGUAUCGAGGCAUGCACGGGAUCUUUGUGGUUCAGGCGGUGGCGGCGCUGCUCGUCUCGGUGGCCCCGAACCUGGAGUCCAUGGCGCUCGUGCAGCCCUUCUUCAACUACACGGGGUUCUAUCACACGGAAGGGCGGUUCGCGGACCAGAGCCGCGUGGCGUUUCCGCUGGACUACGUCCUGCGCCGGGCGAACGGCGAGGGCGACGCGACGCCGUUUCUGCGCCAGCUGCGCCGCGUCUACGUCAUCAACGCCGGCCGCGGGUGGAUGGACGACGAGCGCUUCUACACGAGUAUGGAUUUUCUCGGGAUGUUCGCCCUCGUCGACCGGCUUCCGGCCAUCGAGACAGUCAGCACCGACGUCCUGUGCGAGGACGAAAAUGGCAAGUCCGGGCUGGAGCCGAAUUCGUCCAACAUCAGUCGGAUCCACAUCAACCAUUCUGCUGUCGACACCAUGUAUCUCGCUUCGGUGAUCUGUGCGUGCAAAAGUCUCCGGGAGCUCCAGUUUUCUCUGGGCGGCCGGGCGUCCUCGGACGGAAGCAGCUCGAUGGAGAACCCCAAGACUUUCCUCCAGACGCUCCUCUUGCACAGGGAGACUUUGGAAGUUCUUGAUGUAGAUUUCGAGGCCAACAUAAGUGAAUUCUGGAACGAUGACGACGAAGACACGGAGCCGGAUUUUGAUACAUACGGCGGACGGUCAGAGGCGCAGCAUAGCUGGACGGGCGCGCCGCCGGACGAGCUGUGGGAGCAGAAAGGCUCGUUGCGAGACUUCACCUCCAUGACCCAUGUGAGCCUGGGGCUCAAGACUCUGCUAUACAUGGCUAAAGGGGUCAAUCUGACCGAACCGUCAGACUUCAAGCUGGCUGAUCACCUGCCACCUAAUCUGGAGUAUCUGCUUAUCCGAGGCUACGAGAGAGGUCAUCGCAAGGACCACGACGAGCAUAUAGACGGCGUACUGUCCUUGAAAAAGAGCGAAAGCUCCAAGCUGCGAGAGAUCAGGGGCAUUGACGAGUCGAUUCCCCACGCCGAGGACGUUGACGAUCCCGACGAUGAGUCGGCUCCGUUGUGGGAGUGGGAGGAACAGGAAUGGUCCGAGGAUGAGUGA